AUGCAGUUCUCCCUGGUCGCCGUCUUCGCCACGCUCGCCACCGCCGCGGUUGCCGCGCCGCAGCCCGUCCAGCGCGAGGCCCAGCUCUCUUGCCCCAUUGUCGAAUGCCUGGCCGCGCUCGCGCCCGCGGCAGCCAUCUGCGGGGUUGCAGCAGCUACGCUGGGGAGGGACACCGCCGCGGAUGUGAACUGCCUGGCCAACGCGGCGAACGCUGGUGUGAACUUCCCCGACAGCUGCCAGCAGUGCGCGGACGAGCUGGGCGUGAAGCUCUAA